AAGCCCAGAAGGGAAGCAGCAGCCUGGUUCCUUUUCGCUGUUGCAGUAACCCGUCGUUUCUAUAGGCUGGCCACCAGGUGGGGUGGUAAUUCCAUCUGCUUUUGGGCGAAAGGCAGCUGAUGGCUGGGACUGCACGUGGUGGUGGGACGCACGCAGGGAUCUUAGCAAAGAGGAGCUGUGGAACGCGGCGCAGGCAGCUCGGCUGCGGUGUUUUGGGGAAGGAAUCAAGUCUGACAUCGCGUGCUUUCAUUCCAAAGCUGCUCUUGUGUCUGCUGUUGCGUUUAGUUGAUGGAAACUCGUUCAGGAAAGAAGUGCUUAUUUGCUGAGGUAGAGCAAGAGCUGAGGAGGGCUUUGCCAGUUUCCAGCCUGGGAAAGGAGCAGCGAGGAACAUCAGUGAUCAACACUUGGAGAUACCCGAAAUCCUCCUGGGUGUGACACCAGGCACACGUUUCUGCAUCCUGAAGCUGCCAUCAGGACUCACUGCUCAUCAUCUCAUUAAAGUGAAGACAAACCCAGCUGAAGAGAGAAGCUAAACCUGGGAAAAACUUUAUCUGCUCCUCAUGGACCGAGGUACACCCUCAGCUUCUUUAUUUAUCCCUGGUUUGACUGAAUGAUCUGUGAGGAACUGACUUUGUCCCUAGAAGGCUGAGCACUUGGCAGGGAUGCUCUCAGCCUCUGCAGAAGAGCGGUGAUCGUAACAACCUUGAGUGGCAAAUUCCCUGCCAGGACAGGAUGAGGACUUGUCACUGAGGUGUCCUUGGAGUGAGGAUGGAUGGGACCUCUUCACGCCUGCUUUGCAAUGAACACAGCGCCUUAAAUGACAGCAAGUGAAAUCUUCUCCUGAAGAGGAACAACCAAACAGCCUCCCCUAAUGAGUUUGUGUCAGCAGCCCCAACCUGAGCAACCGUUGCCCUGAGCAAUCUGACUUCUCUGGGUUUCAUAGCUAAAGAGAAGUCUGUGUCUAUUCCUCUUAUUGGUGGUGAAGGUUUUUGUGCUCGGAGAGUGCCCUUCCUGACUUGGCCACUCCCUUUGCAAAAUGAAGGGCUGCACCUGGGUGUUUGUGGCCACUUUGCUUUGCCACCAGUUCUGCCUCUUCAGAGUCAUGGCAGCAAAGAAAGAGAGAAAGAUGAAGAAAGAGCCCAAUCAGUACACAGAGCCUUUCAAUGCCACCCUAUCCAACAGCGAAGAGCUGCAUGGGCAUCCCAAGAUCCUCGAAUCUCCAGACCCUCGUAUCACAGACCCACGGCGGACCUGGAUCUCCUUUGUCCACCGCCCAGAUGAUGGCAACACCUCUAAAAGGAAAUGCAAAGGCAAAGACAAGAAAUUACGUGGUCUUGUUGGGCCUCCAGGGCCUCCUGGUCCCCAGGGUCCCCCAGGAGCACCUGGUGCUGAAGUCACCCGGGAAGUCCUGCUGCAGGAGUUUAAGGAGAUAUUAAAAGAAGCCAUUGAGCGUCGGGCAUCCUUGGCAAUUUCAGCACAUCCCAGCCAGCUGCCUCCACUCCUGCUCUCCUUGGAGGAAGUUUCACCCUACCGACGUGUAGAGGAGGCGUUCCACUGCAAGCUAAAAGGACAAGUUGUCGUAGAUAAAAAGACCCUGGUUGAGCUUCAGAACUUCCAGUCGCCUUUGGCCAAAGGAGCUUUUCUCCGGGGGACGGGGCUGAACCUGGCAACGGGACGUUUCACAGCACCCGUGUCUGGCAUCUACCAGUUCUCAGCCAACGUCCACAUCGAUCACAGUGAGUUGAAGAGCAAAGUCCAGCUCCGGGCCAGAGAUAACGUGCGAGUGUUGAUCUGCAUUGAAUCUCUGUGCCACCGAUACACGUCUUUGGAAGUCAUUGCUGGUUUGGAAAGUAACAGCAAGAUCUUCACUGUCUACGUGCAUGGCUUGCUGCAGCUGCAGGCUGGCCAGUACACCUCCAUCUUUGUGGACAACAGUGCUGGAGCUCCCAUCACCAUUCAGAAUGGAUCCGAUUUCAUGGGCAUGUUAAUGGGCGCGUAGCAUCGUCUGCAGCACUGCAGCAGGGAAGAACACGAAUCACAGCCUUACAGCAUAUAUUUGACUGAAGAAACCUUUACUUUGUCUCUUGACGACUGCUUCGUGUAACUGCUGGCGUCUUUUUAAACAAGCAAAGAGCCUUUCCUUUUGCAGAUUCUUCAGCUUGCUUUCAGAGGCUACUGCUUCUCAAGGUCCACACCAGUUCAUUCACCUUAUAAAAAAAAGAAAUACACUUUUAUAACUCAGAAACAGACUCUGUAAUAUUUAAUAUGUGCUUCACCAGAUGUGCACCGAACAGCACACUGAGAUCUGGCAUUUGCUGUAACUUUAUUUCACACGAUUACACCUGUAAUCAGCAUGUCUUUGGGACUGACUGCAGGGUGUUUUAAGUUUGUAAAUGAAGGAUUGAGAGGGGAAGUAAAGUAGUGACUGCAUUCCAUGUGUUAUGGAGGAAGGAGACAAGAAUUUGUCAGCAAAACUGUUUUUCACACAGUUGUCAAUGGUGCAGGGCCCUCGUGUUCAAACUUAGAUACGUUUGACAAGCAGCGUGUCGAAUUCUCAUGCAAUGCCUGCUUUCAAAGAUGGGAAUCCAAGGGUUGAACCGUUUAACGGUGGUUCCCUAAAUCUCAGUAUGUUUCUCUGCUCUUACUGAGGAGGACAAAUACCUCGCUGCCUGCACAGUUUUAUUUUCAUGAAAACGUGAGGCCAACGGCACCAGUUCUGGCACGAACUCAGUUAUGUUCUUAUGUUUUAGUAAGAUAUAUAUUUGGCUCUGGACUGCAUCACUUACACAGCAUCCUCUCAGGUGUCAUUUAUCCGUUUGUAGACCUGUCUGAUGUGUUUUGCUGGUUGUGGGUGUUGUCAUUUCAUUGGGCUUUUCCCUUCAACAGACACUUGGCCUUUUAAUGAUGCAACUUAAUUAAGGAAAUGGCAGAUCAGCAGUUUCAUAACUAGAUGGCAGCGGGGCCCCACGUGGAGUCCAGAUACUUUUCUUGAAUGGAAGAUAUCCCUCAUUUGAUGUUUCAAUUUUUCCAUGAUCCAUUACAACACCUUCAUAAAAUGAGAACCAAGACUGCUGGGGACAGCAGAAGGCGUGAAAAAAUGAGCCAGCAGUUCACCCCAGCAGUGAAUGUUGGGGCUUCACAGUGUGUAACUCACAUGAAGAUCAUUAAACCCUACCAGCGAGGAUUGGCUGUUGACGUUGGGUUUCGGUGGGGUAGGUGUAGUCAGGGCACAUGGCCUGUAUCCCAGUAUGUAUUACUAUACUGUACUUCUACUGCGUGAAUAUUUGUAAUAAAUUGGGCUAUUUUGUGCACGACUUGCAGCAGCAGAAUCUCCAGGUGUUGUUGCAUUCAGUUUUAUGUCGUUACCUAUGGGUUUUUUGAACCAAGUCUCACUGUUGGUAAAUCAGAGGUAAAAUAUUUAUUUUGUUGUAGAACUAAAAAAAAAAAAAAAAGAAAUUGUAAGAUUUUGCUUUGGGAUUUGCGACUUAUUUUAUUUUUUUUUUCCUGUUUGUUGUGUUUUAUUCCUGUGAUCUCAAUAGCAGAUGAAUUGUUGUGUCUUUAUUUCUACCUGUUCUGCCUCUGGUUGAUGAAGUUGAUGGUUGGACUUUGUGAUAUUAGAAGUCUUUUUCAACCUUAUUAGUUGGAAAACAUCGCCUUGUUAAGAAUGUUUUUAGCUCUGGAUGCUACCAGGCAUGGAGGGAGGUGCCCAGUGGGCAUGGUGGGGAUGGGUUGAUGUUGGACGUGGGGAUCCUAGUGGUCUUUUCCAACCUUUGUGAUUCCAUAUAGGCUGCAGUUCUCUUGACUCAUGGAGAUGCAGCCAUCGGUGCAAGCGUGAGGCUGUUCCUCCAGCAGCACGAUGGGCAGGAUGGGUUGAAACAGCCUGGAAUCAGCUGGGCCUGACCUCCACUGUUCAGGUGCAAGUGUACCAAACUCAGAACUCAGCUGGGCACAAGGUUCCUGGCUGAGCUGUGGGUGACACCAAUGCUCUGCAAGGCUUUUGUGCUGUUUGGAGGCUGAGGAGAUUGAUUAAUGAUGUGAGAAGUGAGGUUUCAGUGCUCCUCUGUUUGUAGCCAUAAAAUUUAUAGUCCAAGAAAAUACGACGACUCAGAAGGGACUGAGUUCAGUAUGAGCAAGUUGUUUGUAACAAAA